UUUCAUUCAAAAUAAGUUUCCAGACUUUAUAGCGAAAGUAGUGAUGGGUUUUUGCUCCCGACUUUUUUUUUUGUUUUUUGCCGACAAGUGUAAUUAACGUAUGCGGUGACCUUUAGAAAAUAAAGAUGAAGCUAAAACGUCAUUUUACUAGUAGUUGUGCUCGUGACAAAAUGACAUUUCGUUUGUUUAUAUUUACCAUCAAGUUCAGUUGAGCGCAAUUUUUUAGUAAAGAAAUACUUGAAUAAUGGAAGAACCCUUAACCAAAAAGCAAAAAAUGGAUCCAUUGAAUUAUCCUUUCAAAAUGAAGGCUGUUUUGUCCGAUGACUUGCAAAAUCCUAUUCCACUAGUAACUGUGGUUAUCAGCAAAAUUGAAAACAAAAAAACAAUAUCAUCUGUUGUUCUUGAGCUUAGUCGUUCAAUGCCACUACCAAGUUUACAGCAUCUCAAAAGAGUUCGUCAAAAUGAGAUAAUACUCUGCCUUGCUUCGGAUGUUGAAACUUCGAAAAUGCCUGAAAACUUAAAAGACAACAUUAAGGAUUUCAUUAUUGCUCAAGGUGUUUCCACAGAAAUGGCAACAUCUCUUUGUGAGAAUGCUUCACUCGUUGAAGUUCCAUCAAUACCAACGAAACUUCGUUGGCAAUAUGAUGCGAUGAAUAAACUAUGGCCUUGUAAAUUUCAUCCAAAUAGAUAUCUUGAGUCGUUGUAUGAGGGAACUAAUUUUUCAAAUGAAGAAACGAUAUUCCAUUUUAAAAUGGCAAGGAUUUUAAUAAAAUUUUUGGAGAAAGAAGGAAAGCCAUGUGGAAUUUGUGUCGAUCCAAGAACAAAUUCAGUUGUUGCCAUAGCCACAAGGAAAUCGGAAGAAAAUCCAGUGAUGCAUUGUUCAAUGGUUUUAGUAGAUUUUGUAGCUCGCAGUCAAAAUGAAGGAGCAUGGCAGCAUAAUGAUGAAGUAUUCCAUGAGUCUGAUGAUGCAAAACUGAAUUUCAGGGGAAUACCUGAGCACUUCCAUUAUACUCUAACAGAAGACUUAAAGGAGGACAUUCGUUUUGGUGCUGAAAAUGUUAAUCUUCGUGAAGGACGAAUAAAAGUAACAGAAGAAAUGCUGACUUCGAAUAAUUUAGAAAAAUACGGUCCAUAUCUUUGUACAGGAUAUGAUGUUUAUUUAAUGGUUGAACCAUGUUUGAUGUGUUCAAUGGCAUUGCUUCACAGUCGUGUUAGAAGGAUAUUCUACUUGCAGCCAUCAGAGAAUGGAGCUCUUCAAACUAAAUUAAAAUUGCACACAAUCAAGGAAGUGAACCAUCAUUUUGAAGUUUUUAAAUUUUUAAGUGAAAAUGAAAUAAUUUUUAAUAAUAAAUGUUUUUAAAUAAAUUGCAAUUUUUUAUGAAAAAGA